CGCUGCCGAGGGGCAGGGCCCCCUCACCCCCGCCCCUUCCCAAGCGCCGGCCCCGUCGCCCCCCGCGCGCGCGCACACACGCGAGCCCAGGCGACAUGCAAAUGAGCCGGCUCCAGUGCCCAGACCCAAGCCCCCCCACUGCUCAAUGGACACCCCCAGCCCAGACCCGUUGCCUUCGCCUUUGCCGGGGCAGGAAGACAAACCUCUGGCCUUACCUCCUCCUGUUCCCCGGGGCCGCCGAGGCCGACGUCCCGGGGGGGCCACCUCCUCAAAUCGGACGCUCAAAGCCUCCCUCCCUCGCAAGCGGGGCCGUCCCCCCAAGUCAGGGCAGGAGCCCCCGCUGGCGCAGGGAGUGACAGCCCCAGUGGGCAGCAGUGGUGGCAGCGACCUCCUGUUGAUCGAUGAUCAGGGUGUGCCCUAUACAGUCUCUGAAGGGUCAGCGGCAGGUGGGCCUGAGGGCUCUGGCCCCAAGAAGGCCCCGCACUUCUGCCCUGUGUGCUUGCGGGCCUUCCCCUACCUCUCUGACCUAGAGCGCCACAGCAUCUCGCACUCAGAGCUGAAGCCGCACCAGUGCAAGGAUUGCGGCAAGACCUUCAAGCGGUCCAGCCACCUGCGGCGGCACUGCAACAUCCAUGCCGGCCUGCGGCCCUUCCGCUGCCCACUCUGCCCCCGCCGCUUCCGCGAGGCAGGUGAGCUGGCCCAUCACCACCGCAUCCACUCCGGGGAGCGUCCGUACCAGUGCCCCGUCUGCCGGCUGCGCUUUACAGAGGCCAACACGCUCCGGCGCCAUGCCAAACGCAAGCACCCAGAGGCCAUGGGGGUACCCCUGUGUCCCCCGGACCCAGGGCCUGAACCGCCGUGGGAUGACGAGGGCAUUCCGGCCACAGCAGAGGCCGAGGAAGAGGAGCCAGAGGGGAAGGAGCCAGCCUGACCGACACCGCCGGCCACUGCUCCCUGGGCCAGGGUCAGGUUUAGAGUUGGGAGCUCGGCCGGUGCUGGGCCUGGGGAAGGGGGCCGGGGCACCUUUGUUUCUGAAGGUCUUCCCCUUGUGGGGCGGGGUGGAGGGCGGGGACCUGAACUUCUCGGUCCUGCCUUCUGCCCGAUUCUCCCGGACUGACAGGCCCUUGGAGGCAGGGGCUCUGAAAAUAAAUCUCUGCCUACUGGCUUCCUGUGUGUGUUCAGUGAUGGUAGCGGGAUGACUUUCCUCUUCUCCCUUCAAAUGUUCUUCCUCGGAAUCUGAGAGUACUCCAUGACGUGUGCCUCAUUAGCGUGGCGCCAAAAAUGGUUUGAAGGAAGCCUUUGCCCCCUCCUAUCUCUAUCAGACCCCAGAGUACCGUCAUCCCUCGUCCCUCGGUAUACGUGGGGGAUGGGCUCAACGACCCUAGCACGUACCAAGAUCCAGGCAUACUUAAGUACAGCAGGCGGUCCCGCGGAACCCGCUUUUAUGAAAAGUCCGCCCUGCGUAUACACGGGUUUCGCAUCCUGCAAAUGCUGUUUUCUCCAUUCGUCUUUG